AAUUGGAAAAAAUUUCAAACACGAAUGUCACGGGGAUGGGGAACCAAGUUCAUCCAGUUCAACCGCCUCAGCUACUAUAAGGUCCAAAACAAAGAUCCCCAUCUCCUGUCUCUCAAUAUAAACAUAACGUUUCCAUUGAGUUUGCCUCGGCCCUUAUCGACUCGCAUAAUGUUUUGUUUGUCGAAACGAAUGUUAAGGUUGAGAAUUAUCGCAUUCGAGCUCGGGAUAUGACAGUCAUUGUUUUUUCUCUCGAUCGGUGUGCUCCGAUUCAUUUUAUGCAGUCGCAUCUCGAAGUUUGCUAUUUGCUGUAUUUUGUCAAUUGUUUUUGCUCGUUCGAAGCUUCGUGGGUAGGCUUAUGUCUGUGUACAUAGAGAUCUGGUGUUGUAUCAAAGAGGAUUUUGCAAAGGUUUAAAGGAAACUGCAUAAAAAGGAAAAAAAAUAGAAGAAACAACGCUAAAAUGGAAGCAAGCGUCGCAGUACAGGGACAAAAUCCAAACAACCUUGAAAAUGACAAUGUUGGCAGUUGCUUGUUGCUCCGCUAUGCCAGCCAGAAUUCUCUCGAUGAGAGUUCCCAAAAGCAUGUACCGCGAGAAAGUGGGAAGGAUAAACCGCCCUAUAGGAAUCAUCAUCAUACAAACAGGGCAUUUGAUGUCAUGAAUGCCAUGAGAAAGCAGAAUUUUUUGUGCGACGUAACUCUCAUGGCGGAUGGAGGGAGCGAUGUUCCUGCUCAUAAAAUGGUCCUUGCUGCCUGCAGUCCAUAUUUUUAUGCUAUGUUCACGAGUUUCGAAGAGCGAGAUCAGCAGCGAAUAAAGCUGCAAGGUGUCGAUCAUUCCGCGCUUGAAUUAUUGGUCGACUACGUUUAUUCCGCAGAGGUUCAUGUUACUGAGGAAAAUGUACAAGUUUUAUUACCUGCUGCAAACCUCCUUCAACUCACCGAUGUCAGAGAUGCUUGCUGCGACUUUCUGCAAGCUCAAUUACAUCCCUCAAAUUGUUUAGGGAUCAGAGCCUUUGCUGACCUUCACGGAUGUCUGGAACUACUCUCGCACGCUGACAGCUACAUCGAACAACAUUUUUCUGAGGUUGUUGAGGGUGAAGAAUUUUUAACACUGGCUCCGCAACAAGUGGCUGCUCUUAUAUGUAGUGAUCGUUUGACCGUUCCAUCAGAGGAGAAAGUUUUUGAAUGUGUCAUUUCGUGGGUACAUUCGGAUUUAGAAAAGCGUCAAAGCUUUUUAGCACAAUUGAUGGAACACGUGAGAUUACCGUUAUUGUCACAGGAUUAUCUCGUUCAGCGAGUCGAGGAGGAACCUCUACUGAAAGCUAACUUGCAGUGCAAAGAUUUUCUCAUCGAAGCUCUGAAGUAUCAUUUGCUCAAGGGAGAGCAGAAAUCUUUGUUCAAAUCACCUCGAACGAAACCACGACAACCGCGUGGUUUGCCAAAGGUAUUACUGGUUGUCGGUGGUCAAGCUCCAAAAGCUAUAAGAAGUGUGGAAUGUUACGAUUUUAAGGAAGAACAAUGGUAUCAAGUUUCUGAAUUGCCGACACGUCGAUGCCGAGCUGGAUUGUCGGUCUUGGGUGGCCGGGUUUACGCCGUCGGUGGUUUUAAUGGAUCUCUGAGAGUACGAACAGUUGACGUUUAUGACGCGUCUGCCGAUCAGUGGUCAGCAUGUUCAGGGAUGGCGGCGAGAAGAUCGACUUUGGGAGUCGCCGUACUCGGCAACUGCAUUUAUGCCGUCGGGGGUUUUGACGGUUCGACGGGUUUGAAUUCUGCCGAAGUUUACGAUCCCCGUACCCAUGAGUGGCGCGACAUUUCGCCGAUGUCUACGAGACGCAGUAGCGUCGGCGUUGGCGUCGUAAAAGGACUUCUUUAUGCGGUUGGUGGUUACGACGGUGCUUCAAGACAGUGUCUUUCGAGCGUAGAGUGUUAUAAUCCAGAAAAAGAUAAGUGGAAACCAGUACCGGAGAUGUCGGCAAGACGAAGUGGCGCCGGUGUUGGCGUGCUCGAUGGAAUUUUGUACGCUGUUGGUGGACACGAUGGUCCGUUGGUGAGAAAAAGCGUCGAAGCUUUUAAUCCUGAUACCAACCAGUGGACUUCGGUCAGCGACAUGGCUCUGUGUCGCAGAAACGCUGGUGUCGUAGCACUGAACGGUCUGUUAUACGUGGUCGGUGGCGACGAUGGCUCGUCGAAUUUGGCUUCAGUAGAGGUAUAUUCACCACGAACGGAUACUUGGACGACAUUGCCGAGUUCUAUGGGAAUCGGUCGAAGUUAUGCAGGCGUGGCGAUAAUCGACAAGCCACAAGCGCCGCCGGCGACGAUGUGA